AUGACUGUUGAGUCUCCUCCGGAUAAAAAGGCCAGAGCUGCUGCUGCUGCUGCUGCCGCUGCGAAGGCCCCAGACCCCAAGCUUCCCAGCACAUCUGCAUCUUCUCAGACGCCGAGUCCCACUGUGGCAGCGGUAUUUGGAGAGGCGGACGCUGGUAAAGGUGCAAGCGCAAAGGUUUUGAGGGUUGGCGAGUGGAACAUAGAUGAGACUUGGCUCUGUAGCGCUGUGAGUGCAUCCAAUCUUGAGUAUGCCUUGAUUGACUCUGGUGUCACUGAAUUGCACGUUAACGAGUAUGGGACCUUGCUUAGCCCUGUUGAUUGCCAGCUCAUAUUGCCUGCCGGGUACUUAGUCAGUAUGGGUUACCGCCUGAAGAAGUGGAAGGGCUCCGUGAGGCAUAUGGGUUGUCGCCAGCGGAGUCAUUGGCGAUCUCGGAUCACCACCUUGUACUCUUUGAGUGUCGACAUUGCUGGACCGUUCAAGGAUGGUCGCAGUUUUGACCCGAUUGCGUCUGGCAGGGAUCGUGGACGUGGCUAUAAGUACUUCAUUGCUGCAGCGUACUCGAUACCCUUGAGUCCCGAGUUGCGACCUGAUUUGAGUCCUCCUGAUGAUCUAGCUGAGUAUUGUCCUUCUGAGUGUGAGCAAGAAGCUGCAGGGGUAGGACCUAUAGCCGAUGAGGCGUCUGAGGAUUGCUCUGAGUGGCUGGACGGGGUACAUGAGCAGCUCCUGGCCCUGAUUUACCGGGGAACGCUGCAGACGGGGCAGAAGAGGUUGGAGUCGUUUGGGUACCCUGUUCACCGCUACUUCGCAGACCGUGCUAAAGAGCUGAGGAGCCAUGCUUUGAUUCAGUGGCUUCGAGAACGCGGCAUUCGUGCCUCAUUUACCGCAGGAGAGGAUCCUGCUGGAAAUAAGGCAGAGGCCAGUGUCCAGCGGUUGAAGCAAGAUGCCAGGAAACUCCUUCGCGUUGCCGAUCUGCCAAUCGAGUUUUGGCCAUUUGCUAUUCUUCAUGCUUCGCAAAGACACUUUGUGCAAAUGGCUGAGGCUUUGGGUGUGGGACAGGCUGUCCUUUUACCGUUUGGGGUAUGGUUGCAUGCGCGAAAGCGUUUGAAGUCGGGUCAUAAGAAGCAUUGGGAGACACGAACUGUUCCGGGCAAGUACCUGGGGGUUGCAACUGAUUGUGCUGGUGGGCACCUGGUGUUAAUCCAGGAUGGGUCCGAGCAGCGUGUUUUGCUAACCAACACUGUCUACCCUGUUGAUCCUUUGACAGUUGAUGGUACGACCGUGAAGCUUCUCUUUGGAGAUUCUGGUGUUUGGCUGGGAAAUAAGCUUGAGACUGGUGACUACAGCACGGUUGAGGCAUUAGAGGAUAGGUGGGUGAUUGCUGCCUAUGCUCCUCGGGGUACAUGGAAGAUUCUGAACGAAUACGCUCGUGAGCUUGAGAGCUUGGGGUUCGAUUCUAAAGGGUUGGAUCACCUUUUCGCUGCAGAGCGUGCUUCGAUUUCAAAGUUUAAUGCUGAGGGUGAUGAGGACUUGACCUCUGAGGGGCUUUGGGAAGUUGAGUUUCCUUGUGAAGUGUUGAAGCCUGGUUGGCGUGAGCACGUUUUAAGAAAUCACCUGUCCUCAGCUUUGGCGUGUAAAGUCCUUGUGAAGGAGCUUAGCUGUUUUGGAAAUGAUGAUGUAGGCUACGAAUUGAUUCGGACCUUGAAGUCGGUUGAAUGCCAGCGCGAGUGGUAUGAGGGACUUCUGUGGGAUGACUUUGUCAGGAAUUCUGGGAGUAUGUUAAAGGCUUUGAAUCAGGAUGUUCCUCUGAACCCGGAAGACCAAACCAGCCCUGCCGAAGCUUUUCUCCAAACGAGGACAGUAAGCUUAGCUGAGGCAAAGGGUGAAUUGGUGCUAUGGAUACCUUCGGCUACUGAGGAAGUUGUCUCUUUGGAACAAACGAAUGAGGCUGUUGAGCGCAUUGUCGUGUCGGACAUUGAGCGGUUGAUUCAAGAAGGAAAAAGGGUAACCCAGGUUCCAGGAAAGGCAGUCCUAACCAGGAAGGCUGGUGUUGGGAAACGCCGAUUCAGGUGUGUCGCGUGUGGGAACUACAUCCCCACUGGCUCUCCUGAUUCCAACAACCUUUAUGCGAGUGGCGUUGAAAGCUUGACUGUCAGAACGGCAUUAGGUUUUGCUGCUUACCGUGGUUGGGCAGCUUUGAGCGCCGACAUAAGGACGGCCUUCCUUCACGCGCCGUUGGACGGCGAGCUUGAGUCCGAAGAAAUUAUCAUUGUCAGGCCUCCAUCUAUUCUUGUAGACAUGAAAAUUCUUUCCCCGAAUCAUCGAUGGCGCGUGCGUAAAGCACUGUAUGGGUUACGACAAGCUCCCUUGGCUUGGGCCCGGUUCCGAGAUAAGUCAUUGCGGGUGCUGACCUUUCAGUGUGACGGUGCAUGGUAUGCCUUGCAGCAGGGUGUCAGUGAUGAUUCGCUUUGGUUCAUCACUAAAAGCGAGAUUGCCGAGGAUGACACUGAGCGUUGGCAUGGUAUCUUGAUCAUUUACGUUGACGAUCUUUUGGGUUUCGCUUCAUCGGUGAUCCUUAGUGCCCUUUUCGAUGAAAUACAGAAGCUGUGGAAGCUUUCGGAACCCGAGUGGAUUCGGGAGGAGGCUGCCACUAAGUUCUGUGGGUUGGAAAUCCAGGCCCUACAACGAGGAGGGUAUCGCAUAUCGCAGGUUUCCUAUUUGCAGGAGCUUUUUGCAAGAUACGACGUCACAAGCAGUGCAAGUGCGCCCUUGAGUAAUUGGACUGAUCCGGAAAAUGAGCAACAGGUGCAGUUGGAGACUGUCCGGAAGGCGCAAGCCCUGACAGGUGCUUUGCUUUGGGCUUCGUCGAAAACCAGACCCGAUAUUGCUUUUGCUGUCAGUAAACUUGGGCAAUAUGCUGUGAAGGCGCCAAGCAUUGUGAUUGAGAGCGGGCAUCAAAUCCUGCGCUACUUGUAUGGUACGGCGGACCUGUGGCUGGAAUACCAGAAGCCAAGCGACAAUUCCUGGCUUGACGCUCCGGUUCCUCGAACUUUAAAUACUCUGGAGUUGUACACCGACGCUUCCCAUGCCCCUAACGGGGGGCGAUCUUGCCAAGCGAUGGUCAUCCUAUGGGGAGGAAAUGUGUUAUGCUGGGAAUCCUGUCGUCAACCGUUUGUGACUCUGUCCUCUACGGAGGCAGAGCUAGUUGCAGUCACCGCCGGAAUAGUUGCUGCAGAAUCAAUUGGGGGCAUCAUUGAGGAAAUGAUCGAGUCCGACAUCACGGUCUCUGCCUUGUGUGAUAACCAGGCAGCGGUAAGGUUGUCUUCCAGCUUCGGAUCCCAGGGAUCUGUCUCUCCCCGGACCUUAGCGGGUCUUGCAUUGGUUGCUGUGUUGUCUGGUGAUGGGUCUGAACAGUUCUCUGAAACUGAAUUGCUGGAGGCGCAGCGCAAACUUCAGGUUCCUCCGAGUGGUGUUGAAAGCUUGACUGUAAGAACGGCAUUAAGCCUUGCCGCUUACCGGGGUUUGGCAGCUUCGAGCGCCGACGUACGGGCGGCAUUCCUUCACGCGCCGUUGAACGGCCAGCCUGAGUCCGAAGAGAUUGUCACUGCGCAGUCUCCAUCCAUUUCCGUGCUGAAUCUCCUUGACUUAGAAGAUGACCCUACUCCAGAUGAUAGGAGUGAUAGGCGCUGGGUCGUACUUCUCUAUGUUCUCUGGUUAGUCCUGGGCGGCAUUCUUCCUAGUUCUGCAGAGGUAGUAACCUAUGGGGAUGAACCGGUUUCUUUCGGCAGGUGGGAUGAACCGACUGGUAGCUCCACUGGGGUUGGCGAUGUGUGUCUGGAGGAUGAGCAAGGGUCUAGCUCUGAAGAAGCCGGGAGCUGGGACUGGUGGCUGUGGGUUGCCUGCGUGAUUGGAAUCUGGGAAAUCGUUCGUGCCUUAUCUCUUCGUGUGUGCAGAAGUAGAAAGACAGUGCAGGAUCAGGCAGUCAGCGCCGAAACGGUGCCGUGGCCUUUGCAUCCAGGUAUCCCUCACCGAGCGAACAUCUUGUACUGCUACUGGCGUGCAGGAUACGUGUUUGACGUACAAGAAUAUCCUGAAGCGGUUCAAUCACGAUUUUAUGGCCUCCUAGGCUCUCACCUUGAGAGGCGUGACAGAGAUGGCUUGUCCUCCACAGACUCUUCUGAUUGA